AUGAAGCGCAAGGUGCUGCUGAUGGGCCAAUCGGGCUGCGGCAAGACGAGCAUGCGUUCGCUCAUCUUUUCGUCCUACCGAGCUGCAGACACGCGGCGGCUGGGGUCGACACUGGAUGUGGAGCACUCGCACGUGCGCUUCCUCGGCAAUCUCGUGCUCAACCUGUGGGACUGCGGAGGGCAGCAGUCGUACAUGGACUCGUAUCUGGACAAGCAGCGUUCGCAGGUGUUCUCCACCGUGGGCGUGUUGAUCUACGUAUUCGACCUGGUCGGUGCCGAGGGGGGCGAAGAGGGGCUCGAGGAAUGGGAGCGCGAUCUGCGCUACUACAAGGACUGCAUCUCGGCGCUCUACCAGUACUCGCCCGAUGCGCAGGUGUUCUGUCUGCUGCACAAGAUGGACCUGGUCGACAAGAGCCGACGCGCGUCGGUGUAUUCGAGUCGAGUCAAGGAGCUGCGCAGGAAGAGCAGGGAGGUAGCCCAGGCGGCUGCGAAUGCUAGGGCGGCACCAGAUGGCUUUCGCGUCCACUGCUUUGCCACGAGCAUUUGGGACGAAAGCUUGUAUCGCGCCUGGAGUCGGAUUGUGCAGACGCAGAUUCCGGCACUGGGUGUGUUGGAGCGUCAUCUGCAGCAGCUGGCGGAUACGUGUUCGGCGAGCGAGGUGGUGGUGUUUGAACGAACCACGUUUCUGGUCAUUGCCAAGACCGCAUCCAGCUCCGCCGCACCCCUGUCGUCAUCGUUCAACAAGGACUCGAUCCAACCCACUUCGGCAGGUCGAUACGUCUAUGACGAGGACGAAGAAGGCCUCGAAGGGUUCAGAGAUACGCAGGGGAGGGUGGCAUCUACACCGCUCGGCUCGGGCUUUAUCACAUCGUCCACCCACCCUGCUGCCCAUUCGGAAGCGAUGGCUUUUGGAACCAGAGCAGGCGGCUUGGAUCCAGAACGCUUCGAAAAGGUGUCGGAGCUCAUCAAGAACUUCAAGCUGUCGUGUCAGAAGCUACCCGCCAAAUCGAGCCAGUGCGAGUUUCAGGCGGUCGAACUCAAGGCACCCAACUUUAGCGCGUACAUCGACAGCUUAACCUCCAACACGUACAUCAUGCUGCUCGUGCGUGAUCCUUCCAUCCAGAUGGCAAGCAUCAAGCUCAACGUCCAACUUGCACGCGACCACUUUGAACGCCUCCAGGCCAUCAACCUUCGCUCCUAG